UAAAGUGCUUUUGUCAUUUGCUAUUUCUUAAGCUUCUGUACAUGUUGGAGUCAGCUGUUGUAACAGAACUGUGAAUUAUGCCUUCUCUUAUCUGGAGUAUUUAGGAAUGUGGGUGCCUCUCUUGGUUAUGAAGAGAGAUUCUGCUGUUCUAUGCAGCACUUCAUUUUCUAGUAACGUGAAAAAAAGAAAAUGUACUGCACAGAUGUAUCAGUUGAGAUCCAUUCUAAGUACCAAAACCUCACUGAAGGUUUGGAAGAACAGGUGCACUCUAUACAGGAUUCCUUGCUCCAAUUGCAGCAGCUAUUAACAGACCUUCCCCAUGAUAUGCUAGAAGACAGCGGAGAUCACCUCUCUGAUUACAGUACACCCGAGGACCAUGAACAAGUGCAGAAACCCUGGGAUCAGGAUGCCAACAGAUGGAACGAUCAUCCAGUUGCAACAAAUCCACCAAGUGACUAUGAACAGGGUCAGAAUUUGUAUGCUGAGCGCUUUUUAUAUGACCAAGGCAACUUCCAAGGUGAAAUGCAUGGCAGUGACUGGUCAGAGCAUCACAAUGAAGAUGAAGAUAAAAGCAUGUAUGAGAUUUCUGGCAGAGCUAGUGAGGAUGGAUCUGAUGAAGUGUAUCUGGGAGGAGAUGGGUUUAAAGCAUCUAGCCACUACCAACAAGACAAUAUAUAUCACCUUCCAGAAAACUUUAGGCCAUACACAAAUGGUCACCAGCAAGAGUUCAGUAAGCAACACAGCAAAGCAGACAAUUUCAUUGAUGCUAAGAAGGAAAACUUGAAGUUGCAAUGUGGCACUUCAGAAACAACUGUGGAGCCUUACAAAGUAGUAUAUAAGCCAUACCAGAAUAACAUCCAGCAAUCAGUCCCUAUUUCUCCAGAUGCAACAAGAAGAAAUGACGUAUUUGAAGAGAUGCAACAAGAAUUUUUGGGUACUGGUGAGGAUUCUCCAGACAACAUGCAGAUUCUGCAACUUCAGGUUCUUAAUAAAGCAAAAGGAAGAAAACUGGAAGAACUUAAUAAGCAGCUGGAAGAAAGAGCCCAGCAGAUUAGGUAUCUGUCUCAUCAGCUUGCAGUUGUAAAAGAUGAAAAAGAUGGCAUGUGUCUCAGUCUCCAGGAAAGUCAAAAACUCCAUCAAAAUGCCAAAGAAAGGGAAAUUCAGCUUGAAGGCCAAAUAAAAGCUUUAGAAACACAAAUUCAGACGCUAGCUGCCAACGAGGAGCAGCUGAUCAAACAGUCUAAAGUUGCAGAAGUUGCAAUGGAAACCAUGCAGCAGCAGCUCUUGGAACUUCGACGCUCUGACACCCUCCAGCGUGCAAGAGAGCAGCAUGAGGCGAUUGUUACAGCACUCAAACAGAAACAUGAAGAACAAGCCUUGUCUUUGCAGCAGAAACUGGAUGCUAGGAAUAUAGCAUUCCAGGAGCAGUCAGAACUUUGCUGCCAUCUAAAGGAACAUGUGAAACAACUUGAAAGAACUCUUGAGGAAAGCAAAAUGGAAAAAAAUGAAAUUAUCAGUCGGCUCUCAAGAAGUCUAGAAGAAAGCCAAAACCAGUGUGCAAAUCUGCUGCAGACAGGUUUGGUGAAGGAGACAAAUCAGUUACGUAUGCAGCUUCAGCAAGCCCAGUCUGUCCAGUUGAUAAGCAAUGAAAUGAAUAAGGCUCUGCAGGAAGAGUUAAAGGAACUUAAAGAAGAAUUGGUUUUAUAUGAAUCUGCUGCGAAACAUGGUGUGUUUCUCAGUGACCCAGGUGGAGAAUUGAAUGUAGACAUGACUGAGUCUUAUGUAGAUUUGGGUAUUAAAAAGAAAACUGGACUUAACAGCGCUGCACUGACUAAAGAAGCAGCUAAAGAAUUUUCUAAAGAUGAGAUCAUCUUACAGCUGAAGAUUGAACUAGAACGUUUACUGAAUAGUAACAAAACAAAGAGGAACCGCAUUUCUCGGUUACAGAGUGACCUUGAUGAUUACCAGAGAACAGUUGAAGACCUGAAGGCGCAACUAGUGAAAACAAAUGUGCAUGAGCCCAGAGGAAGAAAUAUAGAGAAUCUACUUGAUCCCGUACAGUCUAAUGUCUCUGAAGAAAUGCUGAAGCUCAAAAAGGGAAAUCAGGAUUUGAAACAAGAAACUGAGAGCCUUAAUGCACGUAUUCGGGAAUUAAUAGAAAACCAAGAAAAACUGAAAAAUGCAAAUCAGGAGCUAUGUAGUCAAAUGAGACAGAUGAUUCAGGAGUCUGAUCGGGAUAAGCAAGAAGCUCUUGACAGAUGUGAAAGAACCUAUCAGCAACAUUAUGAAAACAUGAAGAAAAAGCUUUGUGAAGAGCUUGAAGAAAGGCAUGCUGCAGAGAAAGAAAAACUCACCUAUGAUUAUGAAAUGAAGAUUACACAGUUAAAGACUGUCAUUGAUGAGUUGAACAAAGAGAUGCUCUCAGUGAAGGAAUGUUAUGUCACUGUCUGCAGAGAGAGAGAUGAGCAGGAGGCCACUCUGAAGGCAGAAUUUGAACAAAAGCAGCAACUGAAGGAAGAGAAGCUCAAGAAACAGUUAUUGAAGGAAAAAGAAGACUCUUUGAGCAGGCUGAGGGCUGAACUAGAGGAAGAACACAGGAAUUCCAUUGUAACAGCCAAGAGCCAAUGGCUGAAAGAAAAAGAAUCUGAUGUGAAGCAGCACAUUGAAAAUGAAGUGAUGAUAAUCAAGACCCUCUGGGAGAAAGAACAGAAAGAGAUCAAAGACAGAGCUAUUCAGGAAGUUGAAAAAGAGUGGCAACAUAGACUCGAUCAAGCUUUAGAAGAAGCAAAGAGGCCUGCAGUGGAACUCAAUGAUUAUUGCGGCCAAACAGAGUUGUUAACCAUCACAGAUGAAUCACUGGACCAAAUGAUUGCCGAAGCAGUUGAAAAACAGACACUACUAAUUCAGGAGGCACUGCAAGAAAAGGAAAAGGCCCUGAGAGAUUGUGAAGCAAGGCAUCAUGAGAGCAUUGCUAGUCAGGUGGAACUGGCUCUGACCAAAGCUCGUGUCAGGUGGCUGCAAGAACUGACUGAGCUUGAGGAAUACAAAGCUCACCUGAAGGUAGCCAAGGAAAAAUGGGAGAAGGAAUGUGAAAUCAGCACAGCAAAACAGGUGUCACUGGCUCUUUCAGCUGCUGAAGAAAAGUGGAAGAAGGAACAUGAGAACACUGAUAUAGCUAGAGUAAGGACCAAAGAACUUGAAGAUAAGGUAUUUUCCCUUAAAAGGGAACUAGAACUCAAAAGAGAAGAAAUCCCUGCCAUCAUUAAAGCAGAAGUGGCAAAAUCUCGGACUCAGUGGAACAAGGAAAAGCAAGAGGAGAUUCUGAGGAUUCAAGACCAAAAUGAAAAAGAUUACCACUCUUUUUUAUACGACCAUAGGAAUAAAAUCAAUGAGGUGCUUGCCAAAGCAAAAGAAGACUUUGCAAAGCAGAAGAAAGAACUUCUAGAUCAAAAAGAGGCAGAACUGAAUAUGUGUCUGGGCAGAAAGCAACAAGAAUGGGCAGCCGGAGAAGCCAAGAGAUUCCAAAAUGAGAUUCGCCAGUAUGAAGAAAGGAUUCUGGUUCAGGUGGAACUCCUCUUAGAUGACAUGCACAAGAACUUGGUCAAAUGUUCAAGCGAAGAACGUGCUCAGCAACUUAAGUGGACUGCUUCUCCUACCAUUCAGAUCAAUUCCCAGUUCAAAGAGAAACUGACAUUUUGUCUGCAAAAAGCAUACAGAGCCACUGUCAGCGCCGUUCUGGAAAAAGCCAAGCAAGAAUGGAAUGAGAAACAUGAGGUUCUGGACUAUAAUUUCAAAGACAGCAGUGAAGGAGAGACAGGAGACAAAGCAAGACCUUCCAUGUACAGCGUUGGACAGCAAGUAGAACUACAAAGGAUGUUAAGGAAGCAGACACCUUUGCAGGAAUCUGAAAUGGAUUUGAAAUACAGGAAAAGAGAUCCCUUGUCCCGAGAAGACAUUUGUUGUGAGCACUGUCGCCAGCAGCUGGAAAGAAAGGAAAAAGAAUGUCAGGAUUUGAAAAAGAAACUUGAUAAAGCUUGCAAGCACCUCCAGCUUGCAGUCAAAGCAAAGUCAGAGCAGUUCCAAGAAAAUGAAAAAAUUGUAGAGGCAUUAAUGGAACAAAACUCCACAAUGAAGGACAAACUUGAUGAUUUGAAGUUGGCCAACGGUCCCCCAAGAUCAUCGUCGGAGGGGAGUGUCUCAGGCCCUUGUUCCUGUGAUGGAAAAGCCUUGGAAGAAAUGCGUUGUCAGUAUAUUAAAGCAGUGGGCAAAAUUAAGAGUGACAUGCUUCGUUACAUACAUGAAAGUAAAGAGAGAGCCGCAGAAAUUAUUAAAGCAGAAGUUUUAAGAGAACGUCAAGAGACAGCCCGGAAAAUGCGCAAAUAUUACCUCAUUUGUCUUCAGCAGCUUUUGAUUGAUGAUGGGAAGCCUGAUGGGCCUGAAAAGAAAAUAAUACGUGCUGCUGGCAAACUUGCUACAAUGGCUAAAAUAUUAGAAACACCUGUUCGUAAUGCAUCCCAGAGCAAAGUUACCCACUCAGCCCAGUCACAAAAUUCCAAGCUGCUCUCUGAGGUUGAGAAACCUCAAAGAAAUUAUAUGCAACAAGCCUCGCCAACCCUAGUAGAAAACCAAGUUCAUGUCAAAAAAACCAGUAACCCAGCUACCCAGAAACGUAUACCUUGCAGCUUACAACAGCAGCUCGAUGCUGAAACCCACUCAGUUGCAAAUUCCCAUACCCAAGUUGGUGGGAGAGCUUUUAAACAGCUGGAUGAUGCAUCACUUGGUGCUGUAUCAGUGGUGGCAUUCAAUGAAGGCGAAAACGUAGACAGAGGUCAGUGCCAUGCAGUCAGUGAUGCUGCGUUCCAGAAUCGUUCCUCACGGAUUUCUCAAGCAAAGCUCCAAAACAUUCAUCCAACUAGCGGAACAGGAGAUAGCUCUGACUCCAGAGCAGCUUGUGUAAGAUUUAAGAACCUAAAUGAAAGACCAGUUGUUACAGAACUUGGAUGCACUCAGUCUUCUAGGCAUCAGAAGUCAACUUCUCAGAAAACUCAAGUCUUUGACAUUCAGGAAACUCCAGAACGGGAUGAAGGAUGCUCUUCUGAUUGGAGCUUGGUCAGUGAGACUUUACACAUGGAUGUGUCUCUGUAUCCUCUUCAGAAAGCACAUUCCAGUGCACCAGGAGAAUCCCACCCCAAGGAAGAUAGUUCUGGUUUUUGUCUACAACCUGGUGGCCACAAAGACAAGACAGGUGUUACAAAGAGCCGAGACAUGGGCUGCAAUGAAGGCCAUCUGGCUAUGAAUCCUAGCUGUGUACCAUCUUUGAAUGUGAGCAAAUUAAGCCCUGCCGAUCCCUAUCUGAGUGGUGCAAUGUGUUCAACAGCUGGGAAAAGCUAUAGCCUUCUGAAUUCAAGGAAACAGAAGCAAGAUGUUUUGGCUUUUCAACAAGAUAGUGGCUUUGACAGCCCACAAAUCAACUUUGAUUAAGCAUCAUGGACUCUCUGGACAGUCUCACAAAAGAGAUACUUAAAAAUAUUUAAAUGAAAGCUGUGGAGGAAGCCUGUUGUGACAGUCUUGUGAGUGUUUUUUUCCAAUUCUUAACUUUCCCUUUUCGACUGUUACAUGAACAGACCGAUCAUAAAUAUUUAUGCAGGUUUGGGAUAUGUCUUAGCUAUCUGUCUUAGACUGUGUAUAGUGUGUGUGUGUGUGUGUUGUGUUUUGCAUAUGAAAUCAUCUAUUUUUAUACCUCAAUAUUAGUGUGCAGUACAGUGCAAACUUUUUUAAUUUAUAUGGCAAUAAAACUGACACCUUGUGAUCCGUA